AUGUGGACAAUGAUAAAAUCCUUGAACGUACGCUGUGUGCCUGGGAUGAACAUGACCCACCUACUAGCUAGACUCCACCUGAGCCGCUCAGCUACAUGGGUGGUUGUCUUCAUAAAGUUUUUCGUCUUCGGAAAAGACGACCGACUUCGUAUAUUCCCAACAAUGAUGAGGAAAUUCCCGUACUCCAAUAUCGUCCGUCUGUCGACCGGUUGUACUGGCACCCUGGUGACCCCCAUGCACGUGUUGACGGCUGCUCACUGUGUGCACACGGGGACUGAGUUUUUAAACAAGCUGGAAAUGCUGAAAGUCGAGUUACCCGACUCCUUCGGGGUACGGUACUACUACAUAGAAAAGAUAAGCAUUCCGAAACGAUGGCUGCAUCCGAAAAAACGCUCACGAGCAUCGGUCAUCGUGGGAUUAUGCUAUAGUUCGACUCAGUAUUGGGGGUUUCCGAACCACGAGUACAAUCUCUGGAUGUCCGUGUGUCCUGCUAGGGCGAAUAAAGGGAUGGUGGAUGGGAACCUUAUCGUGACAAGAUGCGACUCAGCAGUCGGGAACUCGGGUGCCGCGGUGCUAUCGGACGAUCCACGAGAAGGGAAGAAGAUCAUCGGCGUGCUGUCCAGCACCAUGCCGGUGGGGCGGACGCCGUAUUACUCCCCCGUUCAGCAUCAUCACCCGCCAUCACCUGGGCGAAGCUGUACGACAUCUGCGCCGAAAUAG